GUAAUAUAUAUGUGUGUGUAUUCUUUUUUUUGCUAAAUAUCAUACGUUGCACUUGCGGUCUAUUCGUUGAGUUCUGAUUGCCGUCAAAGCUUUUUAAAGAUUUCGAUGAUUUUCAGUGAAAGAAACUUUUGCUUCUUGCACUGCCUUGACGCAAUUUUAUUCUUCUUCUAACAGAUAUUGACUUGAAGUGACGGCAACAGAUUAAAACAACUUCAACAGAAAGCAUUAAAUUCUAAUGCCCGUAUAAAAUAACAACAAUUUUUAAUGCAUUUUUUUAAUGUCCUUAUGAUCGGAACCCUUUUCGCAAUAUUUUUUAAAUUUAAAGUUAAUAUUAUUUAUUCAUUGGCUAAUGUUGGCGCAUUUAACACCCAAGACAUUAAUUUCUCUGAUUUUUUUUUUUUUUUUUUUUAAUUUUUAAAAUAAUUUUAAACACCUUUAAAACAUUAUUAAACAAUUAAUUUAUUUUGAACAUGAAUUGACCAGCGAAUGCAGUGAAUCAAUCAGUCAGCCAUCAUCAAUUGCUUGCAAUUGUUGCUGAAACGCAAGACAAUUUUAUGAAUUUUAUGAGCACAUUAGAAACGAAACGUGUUUAAAAUUAAUUUAUAUGUUUCUGCUAUAGUCAUAAAAAUUACCCAAAAAACGUCGACUGAAUAUUGAUAGAAAAUAAAGUAAAAACAAUCGAAAAAAAAAAAAAAAAUUAAAAUACCAAUAACUUAAGUUUACAGUGUGAUAAAAUCAGUGCUGCAAAAUGCCAUGAAAUAUACACAACGCCCCCUAACGUCCAAUUCUAUAAUAAGGGUCAUUGUCAUGAGAAAUGUAAGCGCAAGAAGAGGGAUUGUGCGUUGCACAAACAUUUUUAACGAUGAAUGAAUUCCUAUAGAGCGUUUUGUAUAUCGAAUAAAACGUAGCCUGAAUUCUAAAUUUGUAUCUUUAAGCUUUUAAACUUUGGUAUAAAUGCGCAGUUCUCUUACAUAAUUUCGAUAUUCGCGUUUGAGUGGUUGGAGUAAAAUUAUUUCUAUUUUUCUUUUUUUGUUUUUUGAAAAACGCGAUAAACUAAAAUGAUUCAAUUAAAGAUAUCGUCGGUGUUCAUAUGUUGUUUAUUUUCCAUAAUUGGAGCGGAUGUAUCGUUGUUACGUUACAAUCGAUUAUCCUCUUCCCCAACGCAAAGUUUGCAACGUUCAGAAUCCAGUCUGACGCCAUAUCCUGCCCGGGGCUAUCGUCCUCAGCAAACAUUUAAUUUACCUCGUGAACAACCGAUUUUCGCUUUGGCCGGUGAGCAAUUCGCCAGUAGCAAUAAAUUAAAUAGCGAAGAUAGUCAAUCGUCGUUACCAAUAUCUCGACCGGAAUUAGUUUACGGUUCACCUGAAAAAGAAACCGAGUUACAGCGUUUUAGCUCACAAAGAUUACGUUCUCAGAGACUAAGAUUAGCUCCCGCUGCUGCCACUGCCGCUGUCGCUCCCGUCAAACUUGAACGUUUAACUAAUAAUCGUGAGGAUCAAGAGGAUGACGAUGAUGAAACCUCUACAUCCAUUGAUAUCGAAGUUGGGGGUACCAAGAAGACGCAAGACGGUGAUAAGAAGCCUAUGAUGCAAUCUGGAGAACCAGUGGUAACUUAUUACCCUGCUAGUGCAGUCGGUUUUGUACAUCCCCUGGCCGCAUAUAAUUUGCCAACACCAGCCGGUUACUUAACGGCAACUAAUGUUCCCACUGCCUCUUACUAUCAACCGCAAUUCAGUUUUGCCGGAUCUCCUGCUCAACUGCAGGUUUGGUAGUUAUUAUGAUUCUCGUAAAACAUGUUCUUAUUGUUGUUGUUACUAUGAUUGUUUGUAGUUUAAAUAAAGCUUAAAAUAAUUUAAUUGCAAGAAUUCUAAAUGCGUAAACUAAAAAAACUUAUAAAAUGCGAUAAUUGUCUAUGUGGUUUGGCUUCCUUGAGCUGAAAGAUUAGCAAGUCCUACGAUCAAGAAUUCAUUUAAAUCCGUCGUUCGAUACAUUACCGUGAAUCUUUCGGCGUUCAAUAUUAACGAGCUGUGGUUUGUGUUAUCCUCUUUUUAGGUGAUCUAUUUCAUCUACAAUCUACAAAAUAGUUUAAAGUUUGAGAUCGAACGGAAUUGAAUCUUAACAACUGUCGUCAAAGCUUUUCCAGCAGAGUUUUCUAGCAGAACAAUAAAUCCCAGGUGUACAAAUGGUAUUUGGCAUGCCUGGCCAUUGUGGCAGUUGUUAAUGUAAUACUCGAGGAAAUUCCUAUCAUUUCAUCUCUUGUUGUUUAGGAAGAAUGAGCGAAAGCUCCAGAAAGCACAGGCAUUCUCAGUUUAUGUUACACUGUAGACGUGUCCUUUAAGCGAUUUGGCCCAUUUCCAAUGCCAGCCUGCUCGCAAGCACUUGUAAUGCUCUUAUUAAAUAUAAAGACGAUAUAUCUUUACCGUCAAUCUUUACGGACGGGCGGGCAAAGGGGGUGUUACAGAUAUCACGAUUGGUUAAUUUAAUUUGAUGUUAAUCAAGGGGAAACUCUUUAUGCGAUAUCUGAAGUUUCCCAUGUGUAUUGUAAAUACUUUUACGAAAUAAAUGUAUCGCCACCAUCUCGAUGGUGGGAAUGAAAAACAUUUGACAUCAAUUCGGUCAAGGCGAUGCAACGCUAUACAGACUUCUAAAAAAAUUCGUCGUGCUUAUUGUGGUGACGCUUUAUCGAAACCAAUGACACGUAGUCAGGUUUCGUCGUCUUCGCUUUGCAGCUUUCGAUUCUAAGUACGCGUCGCGCUCUUCGAAUUCUUCGGAAUGUAGACAAACCGACAUAUUUCAUCUCUUGAUAUGGCUGCGAAACUAAACAUUGACCAAAAACAGUUUUGAGCCAUUUGCAUAAAGCUGAAUACAAAAGGAAGAUUGAUAUUUGGUCAGCAGUGAAAAGUUCAUUAAGCUUCCGUCUGCGAUUGACCGCCGAAAUAAAAAGAAAGCGACCCGUCUUUCAGGGGAUUCAUAAUCAACGAUGAAGACUGAGCUGCAUACGAUAAAAACAUGAUGCACAAUGGACAAGGAUGCGCCAAUGGGAGCAAAAUGCGAUUUGAUAUUUGGGAAUUGAAGUCAUUCCUUUUUCGGGAUAAGGGAGGAAAGAAAUUAUGCAUCAUGACUUAUGUCAAAGUUCCAAGAUAUUUAGUUUGACACUCUAAGUAAGCUUCUUUGAUGUCUCAACAGAAAGUGACAAAACUUACCUUAUGCUUUACGGGUUUAAGGGAUCUUUAAGAUCGUUAAAAACGAUAUAAAACUAUACUUAGAAUCGAUUUAAUUGUUAAUUAUUCAUCUAUAAACGAGGAAAUACACGGUGUAAUAAUUUUCAGAAAUAAGUCCAGGAGGAGUUGAUUCAACAAAUCUUAACAAUGAGUGCGGAAAAAAAUUGGUCCAAAACGGAAGGGAAUCGAAUGAUAUGAAAGUUCAUUCGAAAGCAACAAGAGUAGCAUGAAUAGGUAAGAAUAUUGACUACCAAGUCAGUGUUCGGGGUUUCAAGCCUUAAGUGCGUUAGAGUAUACUGUGGUCAGUCGGUAAGGGCAUAACACUGACCGAUUCGGCACUUCCCUAUCUCGUUAAUCACAUCUUUCUGACCGUGUUACGUGAAUAGACUACAUCCCGUGGCGCUAUGUUCAUAUCUAAAAAGAAAAAAAAAAGCCUUAGAUUGAUACUCAAAGCGAGUUUACUCCUAAAAUAACAAAUGCCCCUUCAUUUAUUUAGCUCAGCAGUAAUCAUUUUUUCGCUUAAACACUUCGUGCUCAAGAGAACGAGAGGCGUCUUUUAAUCAGCCUAACAUCUCUUGAGAAGAGAAGAAUGGGUCUUGCCGCGGGUUUCGUGGUUAAGUUUAUUUAUGUGGAAGAAGAGUUUUCAACUUUACAGAGUAACCUGGCCCUUCACCGUCCCGUAUCGAGUCUCCAGUUAUUUCUUUCCCUUGCGCCUACUGCGUUGCGGAGCUAGCUAUGAACGACAUUUUCCUAUGCGCGACCUCUGUAAACUCUUUAAUAAAAAUUAUCACCUCUUCUCCAUUUCUUCACCGAUAACGUUGUUGUGAGUUGCUAAUCUUCAAUGUUGGUGUUAUUUUCCUUUAUCUUCCUUUUGCCGCUGUAGGUUUAGGAUUAAGUAUUUUAAGGUCUAGCUUCUAAGGUAUCCCGCUGCUAAUAGCUAAACAAAAAA